AUGGAAGACGAAGAUGUGAAGAAAUUUUUAGGUCUGGAUAAGAUUCAAGGAUUAUCUAAGGUGAAGUCAUCUGAAGACACUGAUUUAAUUGACUUAGGACCAACUGAAGAUAAAAAAGCAUCCUUGGAUGAUUUCGAAAUAGUAAAAACUAUUGGAGAAGGAAAUUUCGGAAAGGUUUAUUUAGCUGUUUCACGUAAAACUAAUCAAGCAUUGGCUAUAAAAGUGCUUAAAAAAGAUGCAGUUAAACAACGCAAAGAAGUUGAUAAUGUGAUGUCUGAACGUAAUGUACUAGUCAAGUCAUUAAAUCAUCCAUUUCUGUGUAAACUACACUUUUCAUUUCAAAGUACAAAUAAAUUAUACUUUGUCUUGGAUUAUAUCAAUGGUGGUGAGUUAUUUUAUCAUAUUCAACGAGAACGAAUGUUCACGGAACCACGAGUUAGAUUUUAUGCAGCGCAAAUAGCCUCCGCUUUAGGUUAUUUGCACUCGGAAAAUAUAAUAUAUCGUGACUUAAAACCUGAAACAUAUUACUCGACAGUAAGGGAUACGCGAUACUUACUGAUUUGGGACUGGCAGAUGAAACGUGCUUUUCAAGCCUCAUUAUACAUGCUGCAACCCAAUAUUGUUGUGAUUUUGGGAGACAUCUUGGAUGAAGGGAAAUGGGCUACAAAAGAGGACUUCACUUCCCAAGUAGUGAGAUUCCGUGAUAUAUUUCAUCAUGAUAAAACGAAAACUAUAGUCAAAGUUGUCGUCGGAAAUCAUGACAUUGGUUUUCACUAUGCCACUGAUGACUUUUUAAAUGAUCGAUUUCAUCGCGAUAUUAGUGGCAAUGUUUACUUACCCUCCAUUUAUCUGUGGUCUUUUGGUGGGAUCCACUUUGUCUUUGCAAACAGUAUUGCGUUUGAAGGGGAUAACUGUGAUCUAUGUUAUAAUGCGACAGUCACUCUAAAAUCUAUAAAGAGAUAUCUUGAUUGUUUGAGAAUAUCCUCUCGAGCCAAUCCUCAAAUUUGCUAUGAAAAGGAGCUUGGCAUGGGUCUUUCUUAUAAAUAUCCAUAUAUUAGUGUUGAUGUUAACGAUUCAUCUAGUUUCAUUUAUACACGUCCAAUCCUUCUACAGCAUUUUCCUCUUUAUCGAACUUCUGAUAGCAAUUGUCCAACAAAGCCUAUCGAUGCUAUGCCAAAGCAUUUGAGAGCAGUCCUUAAUAGGCCGAAAGUUGACUGUCUUUCAAAAGAGGCGACAAAACAACUACUAGAGUCCCUUCAUCCACGAUUAGUACUAUCCGGUCAUACGCAUUAUUCGUGUAAAAUGACGCAUAGAUUCGGUAAUCUAUCAGAUUCUGUUGUUACAGAAUGGUCAGUUGCUAGUUUUUCUUGGCGAAAUCUGGGAAACCCAGGAUUUCUGAUGUUGUCAAUUUCACCUACAAAUUAUGCAAUUAACAAAUGUUAUCUGCCUACGGAAACUCGUUUAAUACAAAUUUUUGUCACUGGGAUUAUACUAAUGAUAUUUAUUGCUUUUCAUAGGAAAUUAAAAAGACUUUUAUUAUUUUCUAUCUAA